GAAAUCAUCUGUCGUCAACUGUUCUGCAUGUUUUGUACCGAGCGAAGUGUUGUUGUGUGGCAAAGUUUUCCUUAAAACAAUUAAACCGCUCGGCUUAGGGAUAUUUACUCAAUUAGAAAUGAAGUAUAUUUUGCUAAAUACUUGUUAGGGUUCGAACUUUUCUGGUGUGGCCUGUGGUAUGCAUAGACACUAAAAGAAAUUAAUCAUGCAACUCCAAAUCAGCCAGAUCUGCCUUGUUCUUCUUGCCAUUAGCUCGUUUUCCUCCAGAACGCUAGGAGCAAAGCCAAGCCUGAAAAAGUCAAAGUCUGUGACGACGCAAAUCGAGGCGAAAUGGGCAUCAACACCUUUUCUGCUCGAGACUGCCGAGUAUCUGGCAGAAGAGUCGCCGGAGUUAAUGUGGAAGUUCAUUGAUUUCAUUAAUGACAUUGACCCCAAGUCGAUACCAAAAUUGAGCGAGAAAGAAUGGUACGAAAUAAUAAUUGGCCAGGUGCGGCGGAUCGCUAGUCCAGCGCAAGAGUCGAUGCUCAAGCUAGCCCUUUCGAUGCGAGUCUACUCUCCUCGCAUCGAAAUGUACUCUCAAAUCGCCCGUGAGCGCGGCCUCGAGGACAGCAAAUGCGUGGCCGCCGUUGAUCUCCAUGGCACUCUCUUGUGCGACCCAUCAGAAAUAAUUCCUAAGUUAAAUGCCGUGAUUGAGGGUGAAAAUCCGGUUCUGUACAAAAUCGACCAUCACUUUUCCUCCAAGUCAAUCUCCCAAAGAGCAACGGCGGUGCUUUACGCUGAGCUCGGAACAGAGCAGUUCCAGACCUUCCACAAAGUGCUUAAGGAGGCUGCCAGUCGGCACAACGUUGAUUACGUCCUUCGCCAUUAUAUUGUGCCGAGCAAGAGACAAGAUGCUGGAAAAAUUCUGCUCUCUGGAUAUGGAGUUGAGUUGCAGAUCAAGAGCACCGAGUACAAAGUCCAAGACGACUCUCAGGUGAAGGACGAUGAUGGAACCGGUGCUGGUGGUGGAGCGGACCAAGAAGAAGAGGAUGAAGUGGAAGGAUUCAACUUUGGACGGCUCAAGUCCAUGUACCCGGAUAAGGUGGCCAACCUGUCGAAGCUGCGGCAGCACCUGAUCGACGCCAACAGCGAACUGGCGCCGCUGAAGGCGUGGCAGCUGCAGGAGCUGAGCCUGCAGGCCGCCGAGCGCAUCAUGAGUUCCCCACUGGACGAGGCCUUGAAGACCUUCACGCACAUUGCUCACAACUUCCCCCUGCAGGCCAGGUCCCUGAUCCGCACGGCUGUCUCGCAGGACCUGAAGAAGGAGAUCAAGAAGAAUCAGGAGGGAUUCCUCUCCUCCCUCAGUCUGCAACCCGCCGACUCGGCCCUGUUUUUGAACGGACUUUUCUUUGAUGUCGACUCUUUGGAUGCUGGGGCGUUGCUUGAGGCCGCACGGGCUGAGCUGAGGACCAUGGAGGGGCUCUAUGGAGUUGGUGUGAAACAGCACCAAAUGGGCUCAUUAUUGGCGCUGGACUUCUCGUCAAGCUCAGGGUCAAGCGUAAACAGCGGCUCUGGUGGCGGCACUGAGUAUGCCUUGGACAUCAGAGACUCGGCCGUGCAGUGGGUGAACGACAUUGAGAACGACAAGCAAUACAUGCGGUGGAGCACGUCCCUGACGGAACUGCUACGUCCAACGUUCCCUGGCAUGCUGCGCUCGGUGCGCAAGAACAUCUACAACUUGGUCAUGGUGAUCGAUCCGGCCAGCGUCGAGGCUAGGCCGUUGCUCAAGCUGGCCGAGUCUUUCCUCAUCCACCAGGCGCCACUGCGCAUUGGCCUCGUCCUUGCUGCCACAGGCGCUGAAGGAGAUUCGGGAAAGACCAAUCCAGGGAUUGCCCUCCUUGAGGCUUACAAUUACGCCACCGAAAAUGGAAAUUCUCAACAGGGACUCAGCCUCAUCACUGACGUUUAUGCGUCUGUUGGCGAGGAGGAAGGUGAAAUAACCACCGACCUCAUUGAAGCAGCCCUUGUUGCCAAAUAUCCCCAAGUGGACACAGAGUUGGUUUUCGGACCAGAUUCCCCUUACGAUUUUGGAAGAAUGCUGGCUAAGGAAUUCGUUGACAGAGCAGGAUUUAGACAUUUGCCCAAGGUGCUAUUAAACGGUGUGCCUCUGCCUGAGGACUUCUUGAACAGUGAAGGUUUUGAAGAAGCUGUGCUGACGGAAAUCAUGGCGCAAACUCCCUCUAUCCAGCGUGCUGUCUACAAAGGGAAACUGACGGACAGUGACGACGUUCUCGAUUUCCUGAUGGACAAACCCAACGUCAUGCCAAGACUAAACGAGAGGAUUCUUGAUUCAAAGAGUCGGUAUUUGGACAUGAGUGGAAACUCCGUUGAAAGCGCCAAAGACUGGCCCUCCUCAUUUGCCUCCCUGAUUCCGAAGGACAAAACGUCGCGGAUCAUCAGCCAAGCCAAGUACCUGACUUAUAAGGAUGAAGCCGCCACCCAACCUUUAACCUUGUGGGUCGCAACUGAUUUGGACACUCCAGAAGGCAGAAAACUACUUCGGGAAAGCCUGGAAAAUUUGGACUCGACUGCAUACAUGAGGGUGGCUGUGUUGCCAAACGUGAAGAGCGCCUCUGAAGCCAAAUUAACUCGUCUGGCCCUGGCCGCCCUCCGACUGCCAGCUCAGGGUGCAAAGGCUGUUAUAAAGCAAAUAAUCGUGGAAGAAAACGCCCAGAAGAUUUACAACAACCCUGAUUUUGAUUUCAACUCUCUGCUUGGCUUGGCGACGUUGGAUUUGAGUGAUUUGAAGACAUUCCCUAAGUCUGAGGAAGCGGACGAGUUGCUGAAGGCUUUCUCAGACUACUGUCAAACUGUGCUGCUCAUUCCAGCUGGAGCGAGGGCUGUUGUUGCAAACGGAAGAGUCCUCGGGCCUCUUGAGGACGAUGAACACUUCCUGGCUGACGAUUUUGCUCUGCUGGACAAAUUUUCUAUGACCGCCCACACAGACAGGCUGCAGCAGGCCAUGAAGAAGGCGGAUGAAAAUUCUUAUGAUGCAGAUACAGUUCCCAGAGGCAGAGAGUCGAGUGAUCUUUUAUUGAGACUGGUAGCGUUACUUGUGUCCCGACCCUCAACUAAGAGUAGAUUUGAAAUUCCUUUCGUCAGUGAUCAGUACAGUGUUGUGAAACUGCCAGCAAAGCACCCAGAGCAGCCGGUCUUCGACAUUUCCGUUGUGGUUGACCCUGUGUCCCGUGGUGCCCAGAAGGUGGGGCCGAUCCUGAUGGUGCUGCACGAGGCGGUCAACUGCCGCAUUAACCUGUACCUGAACGCCGUGGAGAAGCAUAGCGACAUGCCACUCAAGAGCUUCUACCGCUACGUGCUAGAGGCUGAGCCGCACUUCACCGCUGAGGGCAAAAUGACCGCUGGGCCCUCUGCACGAUUUGUCAAUAUGCCCCAGUCUGUGUUGCUCACGCAAAACAUGCAUCCACCAGAGAACUGGCUCGUUGAGGCUGUCCGCAGCCCUUACGACCUUGACAAUAUUAGGCUUGAAGACGUCAUGAGCGUCGUGCACAGUGAGUUUGAGCUUUCGUCUUUGCUCCUCGAGGGCCACUGUUCCGAGGCAAUGUCUGGAGCCCCUCCACGUGGGCUGCAGGUCACCCUGGGGACGAGACACAAUCCGGUGUUGGUGGACACAAUCGUCAUGGCCAACCUGGGCUACUUCCAGCUCAAGGCCAACCCAGGAUCAUGGCUCCUCCGCCUCCGACAAGGCAGAUCAGCUGAAAUCUUUGAUAUCGUCAGUGUUGAUGGGGAGGAUUCGCCGGCCGAGUCCGAGGACCACCACAUCCUGAUCUCCUCAUUCCGAAGCAACGUCCUGAAACUGAAAGUGACCAAAAAGCCUGACAAACUCAAUAUGGACCUGCUGGCCGACGACGAAGCACCGGGAAUCUGGAACUCCAUUACUAGUACUUUUAGCAAAUCCAGCGCGACCGACGACGCGAAGGAAGAGGAGCGGCUCAACAUCUUCUCGCUGGCUUCAGGCCACCUGUACGAGCGCUUCCUGCGCAUCAUGAUGCUCAGCGUGGUCAAGCACACCAAGACGCCCGUCAAAUUUUGGUUCCUCAAGAACUACCUGUCGCCCACCUUCAAGGACUUUCUGCCGCACCUGGCCAAGGCGUACGGCUUUGAGUACGCGCUCGUCGAGUACAAGUGGCCGCGCUGGCUGCACCAGCAAACUGAAAAGCAGAGGAUGAUUUGGGGCUACAAAAUCCUCUUCCUUGACGUCCUCUUCCCGCUUGAUGUCAAGAAAAUCAUCUUUGUCGACGCUGAUCAGGUGGUGCGGACGGACUUGAAAGAGCUGCGAGACUUUGAUCUUGGUGGUGCGCCGUACGGGUACACGCCUUUCUGCGAUAGUCGUAAGGAGAUGGACGGAUUCCGCUUCUGGAAGUCGGGCUACUGGCGAAACCACCUGCAGGGCCGGCGCUAUCACAUCAGUGCUCUCUACGUCGUCGACCUGAAGAAAUUCCGGCGGAUCGCUGCCGGCGACCGACUGCGUGGCCAGUACCAGGCGCUCAGCCAGGACCCCAACAGCUUGUCCAACUUGGACCAGGAUCUGCCUAACAACAUGAUUCACCAGGUGCUGAUCAAGUCGCUGCCGCAGGAGUGGCUCUGGUGCGAGACCUGGUGCGACGACGACUCCAAGAAACAGGCCAAAACCAUUGACUUGUGCAAUAACCCGCUGACCAAGGAGGCAAAGCUGACGGCCGCCAUGCGUAUUCUGCCUGAGUGGAAGGGCUACGACGAUGAAGUUAAGGCAGUGCAGGAAAAAAUCAACUCUGAGCAUCAACAGCAAGCGAAAGAAGACUCUGAGAAACACCAAAUCCACUCCGAAUUGUGACAAACUCAUCACUUUGCAAUGAAAUGUGCUAUUAUUUAAUUUAAAAUAAAUUGUGUUGAAAUUUUAAAA